GCCUACAUCAUCUAUGUGUUGCGAGAGUACUAAUGCUCUUCGAGGUCUAUAAUUUACAUCAGGUCUUCACACUGAUCACUGUUGUGUAACGGAAUGUAGGAGGCCACGAUGUGUGUGUGUGUGUGUGUGUGUGUGUGUGUGAAAUGGGAGUACGUGUAGUAUCUAUGAUGUAGAAAGCAAUAUUCAACUUAUUGCGCAAGAAAAUUCGUUGGGAUCAAUUCCCAGCUGCACGCAGUAUGGCAACUAAGCAGCCGUCACCAGAAGUGAUCUGAAAGUUGCUUUCGGUCAGCUGACUUUAGACUGGUUGUACUGCUCUGUUCCGCUUUUAAAGUUAUUUAUAUAAACCAAUUUGGAGAUGGGAAGACAAAAGAUUCAGAACUGAAUGGUAGCCAGUCUAUAAUUGAGCUUCUCUGUUGGUGUGGAAUAUCCUGUGCCUAAGUGAACAUGGCAUCUGGAGCAUCGUCUUUAGACAGCACAGGAAGUAAUGGUACACUGUCACGUGGAUAUACUGUAUCUAACAGUGACAGAAGCCUAUCUUCAACUUCUGUCCGGGACUAUGACGGUUUGAAGCAACAGUGUGACAAAGCAAUGCAUGAAUUACAGCUGUUGAGAAGGCAGCAUAGUGAGACAAUCCGUCGCUGUGAUCACACCAUGAAAGAAUUGGAAUAUUACCGGGGACAACACAGAGCGGCAAUGAACCAGUUGGAGGCCGCUGCUCAGGAAUCUUCCACUUUACGCUCUAAAUAUGCUGAUCUGGCAUCAGAAAAGCAGCGUCUAGAUCGGGACCUACAAAGUUUGCAGAAGGAAGUGACAGAACUUAGAUGUCAACAAGAGGAUGUGAUUGUUAGUGAGAGUGGGACAAGUGAUGCUUUGAAUCAGCAUUACAUCAAUCCCCUACGGAAAUAUGAAGCAAUAAAAGAUGAAUAUGAUUCAUUAAGGAAACGCUAUGAUGAUUUGAUCUCUUCUCAUACAUCAGCAGUAAAUAAACUGGAACUAGCACAGGAAGAAGUGACCCGUUUGAAGAAGCAAUGUGAUGAAGUAGCUCAAGAGCGAAAUUCUGCUAUCCGAGAACGUAAUGGCUUGAAGCAGCAGUGUACUUCUGCGAUACGUCAAUGGGAUAUUGCUCUUCGUGAAAGGAAUGAAUACAGAGAAGCUCUUGCUAAAGUUCAACAACAACAUGAAGAAGCAGUGAAAGAGAUAAAUCAGGCUAUGGCUGUAAGAAUGAAGGCCAGCAAGGACCUGAAGAGGCUUACAGAAGAGAGGAAUGCUGCAAUGCAGGAAUACUCCCUCAUCAUGAGUGAGAGGGACACAGUGCACAAGGAAAUGGAAAAGCUGUCUGAUGAUCUUACACAGGCUUUCAAAAAAAAUAAGACAUUGGAAGUUGAGAACAAGGAUUUUGUUGAAGAGAAAAAAGCUCUGUCAUAUCAAAUAGAAACUUUGAAGCGUGAAAUUGCAUCUGCACUACAUGAUCGUGAUAAAGCAUUGAAGGAAUGUAAUGAUUUGAGGGAGAAGUUUGGUGAAUACACAGCAAAAGAAGAAUCCAGUAGAGAAGGUUUAAAGUCUAGAGUGGAGUACAAUUCUUGCAGCAGGGAACGUGAUAAUUUAAGAGAAGAUCAGACAGAAGUUCUAAAAAGCACAAGGGAUAUGUAUGGAAAAUCUCAAAAAGAAAGAAUGGAUAAUCUGGAUCAAGCAAACCAAGAGAUUGAUAGAUUACGGAAACAGCUGGAUAAAUUGCAAGUAGAGCUUCAAGAGGCUACACAAGAAGCUGAGGUUUCGAAGAGGCGGAGAGAUUGGGCAUUUAGUGAGAGAGAUAAGAUUGUGUUAGAAAGAGAGAGCAUCCGUACUCUUUGUGAUCGGCUGAGGAAGGAGCGUGAUCGAGCAGUGUCCGACCUAGCAGAAGCUCUCAGGGACUCUGAUGAUAUCAAGAAACAGCGGAAUGAAGCUUCGAAACAGCUCAAAGAUCUCAAGNAAAAGAUGGAAGCUGAACAGGAAAAGGAAACUAGAAUGCAGCAGUUCCACACUGUUGGUCACAAUCACAGUCAUGACUCUGCUAUUGAUGCUGACCUCCAAGAGUGGGAGACAGAAAUACUGGAUAUUGAUUUGAGUGGACUUGCUUCUGAUGAUGACCUUGGUUUUGAUUUGGUUGGUGGAAGAGAUGACCCACAUUAUCCCAACGACAGUGGCAUUUAUGUAUCAUCGAUCACCAAAGGCAGUGUGGCAGAUGGAAAGCUAAAGCUCAAUGAUUGUAUCAGCCGAGUGAAUAAUUUGGAUUGUAGCAAUGUUAGCAAGAGGAUGGUGUUGGAGACUGUACGUUCAGGUGGUGGUGUGGCCAGCAUGGUUGUUCGGAGGCGUCGAAUGGGAGGACGUUGCCUUUAUACCACACAGUUACAUCUGAAUGUUAGUGAACAUGGUCUGACUCUUGAAACUGGAAUCUACAUUUGCAAAAUCAAUCCAGGCUCUUUAGCUGCAAAGGAGGGAAACCUGGCAGUGGGGGAUAGAGUUCUUAGUAUUAAUAACAAACCCAUGGAUGGACUGAAAAGUGCCAGAGAAGCAAUGGCAAUCAUGGAUGAAUCAUGUGAUGUCUUAACCAUAACAACUCUUAAAGGAUCUCUGUCUCCAAUCAAUUCACAUUCUAGUGGUCAGAUUAUUACAUCUGAAGAAGAAAGGGGGUGUUUCAGUAGCUCAAAUUCCACAUCAAAACCAAUAAAAAAAAGCAGUCAGAGAAUGGUGAACAGUUGCUCACAGACUGAUGAAGAGAGAUUCCUAGAAGUUAACAACCAUAGUGCAGCAGAGGAAUUUAUGGACAAAAGAUACUUAAGUAGUGCUUUUGGGGUAAAUGAUCGUGCAAUAUACAAAGUCAGCAAGUCAACAAUGGAGAAGCAAAGCAACUCAGGGGCAUGGGAAAUGAUACAAGAGAAAAUUGACAUUGUUAGAGGUAGGCGACAUUCUAAGGAAAGGAAUCGUGAGAACACAGAUGAAAAGAAACAUCAUCGGAACUCUUCACCUAACACUUUUGAACAGGAAAGAGAUGAUGCAAUUGCUGAACUGGACUCGGUGAUUGAAAGCUAUCAUCGUAAAACUAGUGGCAGUGGGCUCAAACGUAGCAGGAAACGGGGAAAAGAACUUGAAAAAAAUGGUGGUACUUGGCCAAAAGCUCGCAAUGGCCCUGUGAUAGAGAAUGGUACAGGCACCAUCUUGCAUCCUAGGAAGCACAAAGAGAGGUUGCCUCUUUCUGAAUUGUUAAAUAACCCUCCCAAGUACCCUCCUGACACGGUACACUAUUGUUCCAGUGGAGUUUCUGAACAGCCUUCCCGACCUGUUAGUAUAGCUCAUGAUCGGGCAGUGUCCUGCUCAGCAGCAUACAAGGUUCAGGAUUCAAAUUCUGUUAUGCUUUUCAACAAAGCAGGUGGAUUGCUUUGUACUCAGAAGUCAUUCACUCCAACUCCAUUCAAGGAGCUAAUCUGUGAGAACAAGUCUAGCACCGAGUUUAAUCGGGACAGGGAACGAGACAGACUGAGUGUUCUUGCACCUUCUGAUGCUAGUAUUGAUUUCUCUGUCAAGUCUGGGAACAUUGGCAAGGAAGUGCUGGAGUACUAUGCAAAGAAGAAAAGCAGCAAAUAUCCUCCUAGUGACAGCGAGAGCAACAUCAGUCCGGUGGAAUCACUGACACCAUCGCUGCCUUCACACAGUCGCAUCCACUCACAGCUGUAUGGAGUUCCUGCCACCGUACAUCCAUCCUUGGUGAGGUCACUGCCCCACUAUCCCUUCACACCCUUUCACUUAGCACACCCUCACCCUCACCCACAUUCAGACUCAAUGACCACAUCUUUGCCAGCAAGAUAUCCUUCCCCAACACACCUUCCAUCCUCCCAGAGUGGAGAGUCCAUUGGCCUACCGGACUCGAGAUCCUACUGCUUUGAACCACCAUACAGCCCAACUCCACAGAACUUCCAUCACUCACACUCCCCCUCAGUUGAUCUUCAUUACCAUCACAAACCGCGCCCCAUGUUACCAGCUCAUUCUCACCCUGGUUAUCGAGGUAAUGAGGAGAUAAUCUCUGUUGGUUAUCACAGCUAUGAAGGGGGAACAUUUCCUCGCAAAAAAGAAAAUCAGCGGAUCAGAAUCCCUUCUAACCCAAGUGUAACUAGCAAGAGUAGUGCAGGAAAGGUGUCAACAGGAAGCAUUGAAAGGACAUCAGAUCGAGGAAGCCCAAUGCCAACAUUUCAUGUGGAAGUGCUAAGUCCUGGGCACAGGGAAAACAAACGCAACUCUCUACCAGACUACUGCUUUUCACAGAAACCAUCACCUGGUGAGUUACGCCGAGUGCACAUAGACAAAUCGGUUGAACCAUUGGGCAUCCAGAUCUCUUGUUUGGAAAGUGGGGGUGUAUUUGUUUCGACAGUGAGUGAGCAUAGUUUGGCAUCACAGGUUGGCUUGCAGGUUGGAGAUCAACUUCUUGAAGUUUGUGGUAUUAACAUGCGAAGUGCAACAUAUCAACUGGCAGCCAAUGUUCUGCGGCAGUGUGGUAACUCUAUAACAAUGUUGGUGCAGUACAGCCCCGACAAAUAUCAUGAAUUGGAGGGGUCAGUGAGUUCAAGUAGUGAAGAAGGACCAUCCAGAUCUGGAUCUCCAACUCCAUGUAACUCUCCAAAAACACCUCGCAAACCAGCACCUCUCCAGCUGGAGAAACUGUCCCCCUCAUCCAUAUCAAGUCUACGAGGGGCUCCACAGUCUUCACAUGGAACUCUCACUCGCAGCCAGAUAGCACAAGCUGUGUCCACUCUCCAAAGACAAAAUGCUACUGUGAGGAGUCCAGAAGAUCCUAAUAAGUCACCUGUUCAUGAUCAGCGGUUUCUCUUCAUUGAGACUAGAAAAUGCAGCAACCUCGGUAUCAGUUUGGUUGGAGGGAAUGCAGUAGGGAUCUUUGUGCAUAGUGUUCAGCCUGAUUCCUUGGCUUACAACUCAGGAUUGAGAACUGGUGAUCAAAUACUAGAGUACAAUGGAACAGACUUGCGACAUGCUACUGCUGAGGAGGCAGCAUAUGAACUUGCAAAACCUGCUGAUAAAGUGACAGUGCUCGCACAGUACAAUAUGGACCGUUAUAAUGAAGUUAAGGACAAACCAGGAGACAGUUUUUAUAUACGCACUAUGUUUGAUCGUGUUGGAGAUCUUGGUGAUUCGUUACAACUUCGAUUUCGCAAAGAUGAUGUCCUUUAUGUUGAUAACACCAUGUUUAAUGGAGUGCCAGGGCACUGGAGGACCUGGUUAGUAGAUGAAGAUGGUCAUCGGCAGCAGUGUGGAAUUAUACCUAGCAAGUACAAGGUAGAAGAAGAGUUACUUUUGCGCCGCAGUUUGGGUGACUUGGAGGCUGAUGCAAGGCGUGGCUCCACAUCAGCAAGACGUAGUUUUUUUCGUCGGAAAAAACACCAACGCAGCUCAUCUAGAGACUCAAAGGAACUAGCAAGUUUUUCUAACAUUAACCUUGGGUGGUACAGUGAUUCUGGAACUCUGAAUGAGGAGGUGGCUCUUUGCUCAUAUCAGCGUGUUGAAAGGCUCGACUAUCCAGUAUUUAGGCCAGUCCUUAUAAUUGGGCCUCUUGCCGAGUGUGUCACGGAAAAACUCAUCCAGGAUUUUCCUGACAAGUUCACCCGUUGUGUCCCUGAAGUAAUGCACCGCCCUUUGAACAUAAUGGAGAAAGGAAUAUCAGAAAACAUCUUUGUGGACUUCAGAAAAAAAGGCAAUACCUUUGAGUGCACUACUGUUACAGCUGUGAAAGAAAUCUGUGAUAAGAAUAGCCAUUGUAUUUUAGACAUCAGUCUAGCUUCAGUUGAGAGACUCCAUCGUCACCAAAUUUAUCCUAUAGUGUUGCUAAUCAAGUUCAAAUCAACAAAACAAAUAAAAGAGGUGAAGGAUACUCGCUAUUCUAUGGAGAAAGUCUCAGCUAAGGCAGCCAAAGAAAUGUACGAACAUGCCUCUAAGUUGGAGUCUGAAUACCGACAUUACAUUUCAGCUGUGAUCCCUGCAGGGGUAAAUGUGGCAUACAUGUGCACACAGGUCAAAGUUGCUGUUGAUCAGGAACAGAAAAAAACUCUUUGGGUCCCCUGUGGUUCAAUGUGACAGUCAGGAUCUUUCUCGGGUUCUGCCGGGAAAUGUAUUACUGCACUAGAUAUUCACAGAUGGCAGUCCUUAUAGCUUUCUUCACAGGGUGCAGUGUAUAUAGUUUGCAAAAGGAGUACCGUCACAUAGGCUGUAGGGUUGUGUCCUCAUAAAGAAACAUGUGAAAGCAUAAGUCUGUUGUGGUGGCACUAUUUCUUUCUUAAACUGACCAGAUGCAAUGUUAAAGAUCUUACAGGAUACUGGUUUUACUCAAUUAAAUUACAAUCUUAUAUUUAAGAUAAAAUUAAAGAUUUCACAGAAAAAUAAUGUAACAUGUUUCUGUCUGAAUAUUUCAGGUGGAAACACUUAACAUGAUAGUUUCUAGUCAUGAAGACAUAAACAAAAGAAGCAUUACCUUAAGGCACAUUACACCAUUAUCGUCCACUGUCACUUUCUACUCUGCUGUUUGAGUAAUUUUGAAAAAAAAUUAAUACCAACUGGGAGGAUAGGAUACUGACUUUGACUUUUGGUAAGUGUAAGUUGAAACUAAGAGUUCUGAAGGUAAUUUAGGUUCCACUAUUUAACCUGCCACAUGUUCCACCAAUUUUACUCUUAUUUAUUAUUGCUGAUGCAAAUAAUCUUGGAGCAUUUUAAAAUAAAUUGGUGUCAGUAUUAUUUUUUUACAGGAAGUGCCAAAAUAAUAUGAAUUUUCUCUAUACCCUGCACCCUUGAAUAAGCCGUUUCCCGUUUUUCAAUAAUUAAAAAAAAUUAGGGGUAACUUUAAUAAGUAUUAAAAUAUAAAUUUAUAGUAUAAUUUUACAUAAUGUCUAUGCAUGGUACAGUUUAAUUCUUUACAGGGUGAUAUCUGCAGCACAGAAAUGGUGCUUGUUAACAUCUGAACUUUGUUACUUCGCACAGUUUGAAUAUUACUUUCUCAUAGCAAACAUAACUAUGUGAUGUCAAGACAAUAAUUACUUAACAAGUAUUUCAUCUCAGUUUUUUCAUAAUUUAUCAGCUGAGCUCAUCUAAUAAGGGUCAAUGACCCAUAAAUAAUUAUGCUACAUGCCAUUGAGCUCAUAAGAUAUGCCACACUUCUUAAAGCUCCUUUCAGCCAGUAUGGGCAAAAUGCAUGCCAUUACACUUUUUAUUUGCACAGAGCCACUCGGUUUUCUGACUAUUCGACUUUCCUUAUUGGUGUGGGGCUUCCUGUCAUCAUCCAUCAGAUGUAUUGUUCUCUCAGUAUGGCUUUAAAUGAGUGAUUUAUAUGAACAUCCAGUGGUUGCAGUGUUGAUGGUAGUCUACAAGGGAUGAUGAUUUGUAUUUCUGCUUUUGAGGUUAUUUUUUGUUAUUACUAUAGUUGUUAUUUCUUCUGUUAUAUGGCCACAGUACCUCACAGGUUAAUAUUCAUUUGUACACUCAUGCAUUGUAGCUGUGCAUGGCUUGGCAAUGGGUGUUCGAGUUAAGAGGAAGCUUUGUUGCCAUCCUCAUCACAAAUAAGCCACAUGCUGUAGUGUUUGGUUACCUUCCAUUUUUUUAGAAAAAAGUGUGUGCAAGUAUUACAAAAGAAAUGGUAUAUAUGAAAUGUUUACAUUCAGUGCAAGUGCAAACAUGGUACAGUAGAGCACCGAUUAUCCAGGGCCCAGUUUUCUAUUGAGUGGAUUAUCCUUGGUCUCAGAUGUCUUUAAUGUGUAAUUAUAUUUUUCUUAACUAAUUACAACACUGUCUUAUAUUGAGUGGAACUCGACUCAUCACUUCCAUUUAAAAGUUUUUUAUAUAUGUUUUGCAAUGUGAAUAUGUAUGUUUCUAUGUACAAGUUCCUAUUUUUCUUAUAUGGAUGAUGAUAAUUCUAAUAAAAUAUGAUUUGCAUAACCAUGUUUUUCGAUUAUCUGGGCUCCUGCUUCCCCAAGUUACCAUUGAUAAUUGGCACUCUACUGUACUUAAGAGUUAGGACACUAGAACUUCCUCUUCCAUUUAUCUCAUUUCAACAUUUAUCAUUAGAACUGAAAAAGUUUAGGAUUACCAGGUACAGAAGUGACAGUUGCAUGGACAGUAUUGUUAUAUCAGAAAGAUGGGACAUACAGCUUUCCAGUGUUUUGAAUUAUCAGUACAUAUUUGUUAAUAAUUGAAUGAUGUAAAUAACUACAGAACUGAAAACAUUGCAAACUGGCUUCCAUCUGUGAGUUCACUUCAGAAGAUUUAAAAACUUUUUCCAAAUGUACAGCUAAUCUCUUUCCUCGUAAGAAGUAUCCUUGCAAAGUAAAUAAAAAUGUAAGUGACCUGCUGUAUAAAUCUAGUCAACCCAGUUGCUGAGCUGAGGAAGUCAUUAACCAAAUAUUUAUUUAUUUAUUAUUAUUUUGAAAUCUUUAAAGUUUUAAAGAUAUAUGCCUGUGAAACACCAAAUAUGCUGUUUUCUCUGCUCAUUAAUAUUCAAGGUUUAGCCACCCCAGAUAACUGGGUUUUGAAAGGCUACUUUUUUAUGUUAUUGGAUAUAUAUCAGUUUUAAAGUUCAAUAGUUUAUUUUUCUCUUAGUUAACAUGUUCAUAUUUUGGCCCAAAGUAAUUGUCUUAUAAUUUAAAUGGACACAUCUGGAGAUUCUGCAGGUGUGCCGGUACUCCGUAUUGUAGCCUAUAUAUACUAGUGUUGUCUCUACCAAGAGGCAGGAAGAUGUACAGUUGUUUGAGGUAUUGGGUAUGUAUAUAUGGUCUGGGGAGAUUAUGUGCUUAAUGUUGAAAAAGUCUAGUAUAUUCUUUAAUUGCAAGAUGCACUCUUGCUUUUAUUGAUAGGGUACUAUAAAAUGCAAAUAACUAAGCUCUUUCAUCAUCAUGAAAUAUGUCACAUAUUACAAAGAAAUAUCUUAAAUCAGUAGUUAUUAUGGAGCAUAAAAUAUCUUGUGUUAAGUGAGAAUUUUGGUUGCCGUGCUUGCAUUUUGUUAUACAGUGGAUGUUAUCGAUAGGUAUGUUCACAGUUUGAGUGAAUAUUUGUGUUCUCUGUAGUUAUAUCUUUAUAAUGGCAUAAAAAUAAGUCAUGCUCUGUCUAAACUGUUGUCAGUUUUUGUUGCAAAACAGUGACAAUAAUUGAAUUAUAAUAAUGACUGUUUGUAUUCAUCUAAGCCUAGCAACUUCCUUAAAGGUUACCAUAUUGUUUAUGUAGAGUUAUGCGUAUUAAACAAUUGCCAUUUAAUGCUUGAAAGCUUUGGUUGUUGACUUGGAUAAAUUUGCCCCACUUGGCAUUAGAUGCCUGUAGGUCAUGCACACUGUUCGAAUAUGAGCAGGCUGCAGAAAUAAUUUUAUCUUUGGUUAAAGAGGUUUUUUUUAAGGUACUGAAACCAAUCAUAAUCAGGCAUACACAACAGAGGCUUGAAUGAGGUGACUGUUCUUUUAGUAGACUGUAUAAAUACUUGUCAGAGAAGAAGAGGCAAUUAGAUGUGAUAAGAGGGAAAGUGAGAGGGACUACCCAUAAGCUUUUGAAAUAAAAAUUGCAAAUAUUGUAAUCAUCCAGUGAUAAGCGAGCUCUAUAGGAUAAUCAAGGUGCUCAAAAGCAGUUGUUACCGAAGAGUAUUUAUACACCCUGUUUAAUAUCUCAUGUGUCUGUCUUCCUUAUAAACUGUUAUUUAUUUGAAAGGGUGGGUUGACAGUUGUGGAAAUCACUGUCACUAAAACUUAAUUGCUUUUGUUGUUAAUAAACUGUAUGUACCAUACACCAAAUACUUAAUUACACUUUAUAAAGAAAAUAAAUUUGUAAAACUAAUUUUAUGGAUUUUAUAUGUUUAAAAGUAUGUUAAAGGAGAUACAGCCCUGUGCAUUAAUGAUAGUAUGAAACCAUGAAAUUUCUUUUAAGUGUCUAUAGAAAGAUUUCUUUUUUCCUUGGCAGCUUUUCUUUUAAUUUUUGGCACAAUGCAAAUUAACACUAGCAGUCAGUUUUUUAAAUAUAAAAUGGAGAUUUUAACUUUUGAUAUCAGUAUAGGUACAGGUUUAGUAUCAAGUUUAUAUUAGGGUAUGAAUGGUGGUGGUAGUCAUAUGUUAUUACUUGUCUCAAUACUGUGUGUCGUGUAACUGUUCUCUGACUACCAUUACCAGAAUUAGUCUUUCAAACUUUAUUGAAAGGGCUCUUGAAACCCACUUCCUAGUACAUGGAAUAGUCCAUUCAUCGGUGGAGGGGUAUAGGUUCUGCUUUAUGUAGUAUUUUGAACUGAUCAGAUAGCACAAAGAUUCAGAUGAUAUUAUUAUACACAUUUGUUAGAUUUUCUACACUGCAUGACUCUACCACUUAAGAUUAUAAGCUAUAAGAGAGGACAUAUUCCUAUAGUUUCUUAAUAUGUAUAUUUGAAAAAAUGAAAUGCAAUACAAUUAAACAUGGGACUAAGGAAUUGACCUGCCUUGUUAAGACUGACAUUGCUAGAAAGUUGAAGGCACUUGCAAUUUUGUUAUAAAAUGAUGUUAAACUCAAUAUAGACAUCAUUUUCCUUCCUAUACAAAUAUUUAUACAUAUUCACAUACACAGAAUAGAUUUCACUUUUGCUUAUUGUAUAGGAUGUUUUCUGUAUGUUGGUUGUAGUAUCAAAUGAGCAGAAUAUAAUUUAUUAAUCCUGAUGUGUGGAUGUUGUAAGUAUUAAUAUACAGUAUUGUGGUUGUAAGUCAGUCACGGUAGACACUGUAAAUAAUAUGUUUAAAUGUAUGUGAUAGAACAAAUCACUUUUCCAUGUAUAGCAAGUGGAAUUUAAUAAAUACUGGAGAGGAGUCAAUACA